AUGGAACCUACUUACCAACGAAUGCAAGUGAAGGUGUUGUAUUCAUUCAACGAUAACCCAACUGUUUUUCUCUCCCGAUCACGACAACAGCAUUCAGUCAAGGUGGUUCAGAUUCCAUCUGGGGAGAAUGAAGACCAGAUUUGCACGCUUGGAGCUUUUGAUCUUCGAAGCUGUGUAAACCAAAUCACCAAAAGUUCGCCCGAAAACUUCAAUCUUCAGGCUGAGGAUUAUGCUGUGUACUACAAGGAUAUCACCGAGCAACCUGACGAGCCAUUCGUUGGAAAUGGAGUGCUUUCGUCGCUUAUGGGCUCGGCCAAAUCGCAUGUGGUUCCCGGUAGAGUGUGCCAAAAUCUCUCUGCCAGUUUUUUAUUCGGCGACAAAAACUCGUCAUCUUUGACCUUGGAAAUCAGGCUCAAAUUGCAUACCAUUGAAAAGCUGCAAGAAAAUGCCCAGCUUGCCAAACGCGAAAACUCGUUUGCAGAAAUGAGUUCGUCGAAACGUACAAAAAAAUCAAAUCAUCCGCCUCCUUCGUCAUCCAACGUUCCCGCAGCAAAGGCUACCAGAACAAAAUCUCUUCCCAUAUUUUAUCACCCUCAUAAUCAGCAGAUACACAACAUUAUAAAUGCUGACAAGUCCAACGCACCUUCACGCUACGAUAGCAAAAGUGUACAAGACCGGUUCAAACUGGCACCUUUCAUGCAAGCAAAGAUAUUGGAUGACCCCAAUACCCUACGCAAGAGGAAGAGGGGAGGAGAUGAACCACAGCGUGCAAUGCGUACUCGAUCAAUGUUAGCCAAUACCAAUGGUUUUAAUACGACACCAGGAACUACCUCACCGAUUCAAGAAGAAAUGUAUUCCGACGAGACCGAUGAUACCGAGUAUAACGACCGCACAAAUGCCAUUGAGGAGGGAGACGAAGAGGAGGAAGAAGAAGAAGAGGCAUUUGAUGAAAGAUCUGAUCACUCUCCUUAUACUCCUCAACAACCACCUUACAAGCCACUGAACGAUCAAUUUGAAUCACUUCCCGAUUUCGAAAGUCUUGGUAAAAAAACCCACACUAUUCCUCACUCUAAAUUGCCCCACAACCAUGGUCUCGUAUGCAUCAAUGAAAACUGUUCCACUGUGAACUCAAUAACCUGGAGGUACUUUGAACAGAAAAACCAUCCUCCAUCUUUAGCCCUUUUGACGGCAGAAAGAUUUGAUAAAUCUUUGUACAAUGGGAUGUUCGGACCGCUCUGUAACGCAUGCUAUUUGUUCUUGCGUACUAAAGGAUUCAUGAGACCUCCGGCUGUUGUGAAGAAGUACUUGCAGCAGCAAAGAUACAAAAAGGAACAACGAGAAAAUUCAAAGAGUCGGCUGGACAGCAUAAGCAGUGCCAAGGGUGAGUCAUCUUCGUCGCCCUUCCCUCGGUUUGUGACCCCCUCACACACGCCGUCAAUGAUCAACCAGGUUAUUCAGAACAACAGGAACAAAGGAAAACCAGUUAACAACUCCAAUUACGACUUGAAUGAGUUUAUGAACCAGCUCAAUGCUUUUGGCGGGCCACUUACUGAUAUAGAUCCGUUGCCGCAAGACCAAGGAAUCACACCACCAAUGAUUGCAACCAAAUCUAAUACCAGGGUCAUCAACUUGUACGACGACGAGGAAGAUAAGGAAAAUCAGCCACCAAGUGAGGAUCAAGAUGCGAGUCAGAACAGCGAGUUUGAACGACUCAUCAAAAAGUCAUUCAGUUCUGAUAAACAGUCAAGUCCUAACAGCCAGUGGAUCGAUACCCUUUUUGCUCAACCCACGCCAAAAGAUGGUGAUAAACCAACACCUAUAGAUGGACCAAAAAUGAGAACAUUUACAAUUCGCUCGUCUCCACACAAGGCAGGCAACAUGCCCAUCAUCUCCCUUGGUUAA